CACACCGCGCAGUUUCCACGGAGACGCGUAUACUAAACAUAUCUGUAUUCCUUUUCGUCGGAUGUGCUUUCCGUUUCCAUACUUCUGUUCCGUAGUAGACACAUUUGAAGGUCAUGCCACAGAGUUUGCGGGUUAAUUCUACACGGCAGUCGGGCGGCUCCCACUCACGGCGGUAUCACACCCGUGCCCCCAUAUCGCAUGUUGACGAGAUGCUGUUUGGAUCACCCCAAAAAAUGUGUGCCCAUGAUGACCAGGAUAAACUACACUGUUCAGGGCCAGUGCCAGUUCAGAAAAAGAAGACGCCAGAAACCAUACGCAUCAUCACCAAAGACCUCAUUCGCAGCCUGAAAUGUUAUUCCAGAGUUCCAGGGAAGGACCCAUCUGGACUAUCCGUCAUCCUACAUCCUUCAGAAAUGAACCGAAUUAUGGAAGAGUCUCAGACACUUAGCAAGCAGGAAAGAGGGGCCAUUUUGGAAGCCAAAACUAAAGAACGGCAGAAAGCAAUGGAUUCUGCAGAAGACAGAAAGGUGCAGAUUCGACUGGCAGACAUGUCUCGGAAAAAGAACCAGGGUCUGAGUGACCUUGAGGCAGAAGCCCAACAAAGAGCCCAGUACUUGCUGGAGAAGGCCAAUGAAAUGAGGAUGGAACAAGAAGAUGAAGUCAAAAAGCUCAAUACGCUCAUCGUAGGUGCUCAGUGUCAGGCAGUGCUUGAUGCUCAAAUUGCAGAAAAGCAUCAAAUUCACAAGGAGCUGCAGGAAGAGGAACGGCGCCUGGACGCCAUGAUGGAGGUGGACCGAAGGCAGGCCUUGGAGGAGCAGGAUCACGUCAAUGAGCUGAACAAGCGGAAGAGGGUCUUAGGCAAGUUACACAUCGUCAAACAAAUCCAAGAGCAGCUUGACCAAAGGAUGCUGCAAGACGAGGUGCGAGCACAGGAGGGUGAGCAGAUUCUGAAGGACCUUGAAAAACUGCAAAUGGAAGAGCUGCAGACCCUCCAACGCAGAAGAGAGGAUCAGCGGCAACUGCUUCUGGAAAUCCAAAAAAUCAAUGAACAGAGCCUACGGGCUAAAGAAUGCAAGAAAGAAGAGGAGAAGCUGGCUGACCUGCAUGCCUUGGAAUAUACGCGCCAGAAAAUGGAACGCGAGGCGGAGUAUGAGGCCGAACAGCAGCGCAUUAAAAAGGAAAAGGAGAAAGAGGUGGCACAGCUACGAGCCCUGCAAGAAAGGGAGCGCGACCACCGGGCCGAACAGGAUGAGCUGCGUGCCCGGAGGAACCAGGAGGCAGCCGAAAGGGAGUGGCGCAAGAGGGAAAAGGAGCAGGCCCGCAAGAAAGUGGAAGAGCAGGAGAGGCUGAAGGCAGAGCGUCAGCAGCAGAUAAUGCAGAAAGAGCGCCUCCUGUCCAUCGAGGCCGGCCGCAACCGCGCAGAAUUUGAGAGGGUCUUAAGAGCACAGCAGGAAGCCAUAGCUCACGAGCAGCAAAGGGACGGGAUGCAGAAACGGCAGGCAAUGCGCUGUGGAGAAGAGAUCCAGCAACAAAUGCGAGAGAGGGAGGUACUGAUUCUGAAGAAGCGCGGGGAUCUCCUGCAGGAGAGCAAACGGAUCCAAGAGGAGAGUCGCCAUCACCAGGCCCAGCUGGAGCUUAUGAUGCAGAGGAAACUAAGAGAUCUGAAAGCAGCGGGGCUUCCUGACAAGUACUGUAACCAGGUGGAGAGAAAGGCCCGCAUUCUCCCACCUCUCACUCACUAACGGGGAUAGAUGAAAGAUCAGCACCAACACUGCGACAGUACCAGCCUUCCUCUGCUUCUGUCACACUUUUUGACUUUCUGAUCAGAUUGUAGAUUCUCAAGAAAAACAAAUCACUUUGAAGGUAUAUGGCAUAGAGAAUAAUAACAGCAAAUAUGGUCUAACUGUGGCUUGGCUUCCCAUCCUGGGUUGUUCCCUGCCUUGCACCCGUAGCCUCCGGGACCCCCUCCAGACCCCCUGCAACCCUGAAUAGGACAAGUGCUUACAGAAAAUGGAUGGACGGUCUAACUGUUACAGCCAAAGCAGCCCUUUGAUUUCAUUUGUACAAUUUUAUCUGACCUUUUUCACCAAUUAAGUCUCUGUAGAAAACUUCUCAAGGAGCCAUUAUCUGCAAUAAUAUUUUUGUUUCCUGCAGGAGGGGCUGGAUUUGCAUAGUUGUGACUAUCAUGUGUCUCCUGUAACCUGCAACACAACUUGGAAAUGCUGGCAGUUAAUGAGCACCUGUCGUAGGGCUUGGUUCUUUACUUAGCUGUUAAAUAGUGCAAAGUUUUCAUUUGGGAUUCUCAUUAUGUUGGGUUGCUGGUUUUGUCUCUUUGUUCUGUCCUAGUAAUUUUUCAUAGUUUCAUUUUCAUUUUUUGAUUCGUUCAGUAUACUCAAAUCUUAGAUUGAUACAUUUGGAAAUAAAAUACAUCCAAAUA